UCUAUAUUGUCUAGGCUGAUUUGGCUUGGCGCCUUUCCUGUGUUGGUGGGUUCAGUGUAGUAGUGAUUGUGAGUUACACGUUUCAAAAUGGCUGGUGGUAAAGCGGGUAAAGAUUCUGGCAAAGCCAAGGCGAAAGCUGUGUCGAGAUCAGCAAGAGCAGGCCUACAGUUCCCUGUGGGAAGAAUUCACAGACAUCUAAAAAACAGAACGACGAGUCAUGGACGCGUUGGAGCAACGGCGGCUGUAUAUUCUGCAGCUAUUCUGGAAUAUCUUACAGCCGAGGUGUUGGAGUUGGCAGGAAAUGCUUCUAAGGAUCUCAAAGUGAAGCGUAUCACCCCUCGGCAUUUACAGCUGGCUAUCAGAGGAGAUGAGGAGUUAGACAGUCUCAUCAAAGCAACCAUCGCCGGUGGUGGUGUCAUCCCACAUAUUCACAAAUCUCUCAUCGGAAAGAAAGGCGGUCCAGGAGCACCAGUUUAAUGUAGGUUCAUUGAAGACUAUUCGUAUUGCAUUUUAUUCCGGACUCAAUAUCAGCAUUGUAAAACUCAUCACCCAAUCAGUAAACAUAGUUUUCUAAUAGUGAUGUAAUAAAGCAGUGGAGUGACUUGGAGAAGUGAUUGUCCGGACUUGUAGCUCAUAAGCAUUAGUUAUAUUGUAGCAUUAAGGAGAUUUAUGAUUGUAUUAGAAUUAAGUUUUAAUUCCUUAGUUUGUUUAUGGGACAUUUUUAUUUGCUGAGAAUGUUUGUAUUAUGCUGUUAAAAUUGUCUUGCUGCCAGCCUCAUUUGGACUAUAAUGUUUGCUCUGACUAUAGAAGCUGGUGCAAUAUAAUUUUUGACUUAUUUGUAAGCUCUAAGCUGUUGUAAUAGUUUCUGCAGCAUUUUUGUAUUCUUUUUGACAAAAUUGUAAUAACAAUGGUGAAAUACAAAAUGAGUAUGUUGUUCAAAAUUGUAAUUUGGUAUGAUUGAACUGUUACAAGUUGUAAGAAAUGUAUUUUGAUCUUUAAAAUAUAAUGAGGAAGAAUGUA